GAAAAAAUUGGAAUGAAACUAGUGAUUCCCUUUGUUUUCCUGCUGGCAUUCUCAGCCUCAAUGAGAGUGUUGACCAGUCAGGGAGGCUUGUCAGACACAGGUUCUCAAUGAACUGGCGAUUGAGCAACCCCAGUCGCAACUUGUAGGAUUCUGCAGAAUGAGAAUGGAGUCGAUGGACUCAUUAGAAUCGAACCUGCUUCUGAUGGCAGUGGAAAUAGUGAUGUAUAUGUUGAAUUAAGUGGUCUUACCCCUGGAGAGCAUGGAUUCCAUGUUCACGAGAGUCCAAUCACAGGCUCUGACUGUGAAUCCGCAGGCGGACAUUUCAAUCCAACAUAUGAGGAUCAUGGAGAUAUUGAUGCCCCAGAGCAUCAUGUUGGAGAUCUUGGUAAUAUCGAGAUUGAUGAGAAUGGAAAUGUAAGUACAGUCCUAAGCUCUGAUACUCUUACCCUCUCAGGUCCAACAAAUGUUGUUGGUCGAAGCAUCGUUGUUCAUGGAGGGCAAGACGACCUUGGAGAAGGAGGAGAUGAACAAUCUUUAGCAAAUGGAAACUCUGGUCCAAGAGUAGGAUGAUGCACUAUAACUUUACAAGGAUCUAAUAUAUAAACUUGAUUUUUAAUACGGAAAUUUCAAUGCCUUAUUA